AUGUAGUUUUAUGAGUGGAUCACUAUAACUAGAAUAUUAAUUGUUUAUAAUGAAAUGAAAAUAGUUCAUAAAAUGCUACGUAUAUUUUUAAAUUGGAAUUCCAAUUAUUUAGGUUUAACUGUAAUAUUUAUCGUAGAUUUGAAUGAAAAAAAUCACAAUAUUAUUUAUAAUUUCCAAUAUCUUAAACUUAUGAAUUUCUAUGCUAUUGACUUUGAAGAUCAAAAUGAUGAGGCUUUGGAGGAAUAGGUAUAGAUUUAAGAGAAUGAAGAGCAAGACUAUGGGUAUGAUUAAAGCUCUAAUAUUGAGAUUGAUAAAAAUGAUACUUUUGAUGGUUAUUUGCAAGAAGAACCAGUUUUAUUAUUUAAUUACGAAGAAGAAGCUCCAAAAAAAAAAUAAAAAUCAAUUGUUAGAAAAUCAAAAAAAAUCAAGAAGUCAGACACAGAAACAGAUGUCUAAUCAUAAAAGAGAAUGACUAAAUUCAAGAUGUCUAACGAUAUUGCCAAAUUAUAAUAAUGCCAAAUGUUAAAGACCAUUAUCUCCUAAAUGGAGACAAUUCUUUAAAAAACUCGAACUUAAAUUCUUAGUGAGAUUAUGAAAAAAUAGUCUACGCAAUAAUGAAUUUAAGAAAUUUGAAUUACAUAAUAGAGUUAUUAUACCAUAAUUAAAUUAUAAUAUUUGAUUUGU